AUGGCUACUGCCUAUUAUAUCAAAGCGUAUUAUGCAAAAUCUAAUCAACAACAACCAGAAAUUCGUCGAUUUACACUCGAUAUUUCACCAGAAAAUGAUGUUUAUAAUGAAUUACAAACAAAAGUUCAAUUAUAUUUGCCAAAUAAUCAAUUAGAAGAUAUUAUUCUUCAAUAUAAUGAUGAAGAAAAUGAACGUAUUACAUUUAGUUCAAAUGAUGAAUUACGUUCAGCUAUUGCCUUAGAUAAAGAUACAAAAACUUUAAAAAUUUAUGUUACAGUAAAUCAAACAAUUCCUCAACAACAACAACAACAACAAGAUAAUACAACUAAUAAAGAAUGUCAUGUUGGCGUUCAAUGUGAUGGUUGUAAUGGUCCAGUUAUAGGUUUUCGUUAUAAGUGUUUUGUUUGUCCGGAUUAUGAUCUAUGUGAAAAAUGUUCAUCAGCUGGUAUUCAUUCUGAACAUAAUAUGAUUAAAAUAACAAAACCAGGCAGUUUUCAUUAUCCUCAUGGUUAUCAUCAUCAUCACCAUCAUCAUCCUCAUAUGUCUCCGCCGCCACCACCACCACCAUUUAUACCAAAUCAAGAUUAUCUUGAAAAAAUUCAAGCACAAAUUCCUCAAUGGUUACCAAAUCAUCAUAAUGCUCCUCAUUUUCGAGCUCAUGUGCAACAACAUCUUGAUUCAUUAAGAGCAAAUACCCAAACACAAAUGCAAAAUUCAAAACAAUAUCUUGAAAGUGUUGGACAAUAUUUACAACAAGCAUUAUCACCAUUUGGUAUUGAUUGUGAUUAUCAUGUUGAUGAAACAAAACCAACAACAACAACAAAUGAACAACAAGAAGAACAAGUAUUAACAAAUGAACAACAAGAAGAACAAGUAUUAACUAACCAACAACAACACGAGGAAGAAACUUCAACAACAAAUUCAAACGUUACAUUAAAUUCUUCAGAUGUAACAGAAACUAAUAAUAAUAAUCAAGAACAAACAGCAAGUUCAAUAAUACCACCCGUUGAAAACUCAACUAAAAUAAGAACUCCAUUAGAAAGAACUAUUGAUGAUUGUAUGGAAAGAAUGAAAGCCAUGGGCUUUAUUGAUGCUAAUGGAGCAUUACGUGAACUUAUUCGUUCAAAACAAGGCGAUAUUAAUUUAGUUCUUGAUGCAAUUAAUCCACGUCAUUAUCAAACAUAA